AUGCAGGGCCCCGGCCCGCCCGCACCCGGAGGGCCCAUGGUUGGCGCACCGUGGCAGGGUGGCCCGCCGCAAUACUUGCAGGGCCCGGCUCGAGGGCCGCCACCUAUCCGAGCCCUUGUUCCAGGCGUUGGUGGCGUUCCUCCGCCCGGGCCUGGGCUCCUGGGCCUGGGCGCCCCCUCCGGGCUCGGGCCGGGGCGCCCGGGGUCGCUCCCCGGCCCGCCGCCGCCAGGUCCUCCGCCGAUGCAAGGCCUCCGACCAGGUUUGGGACUGCAGCUCCCACCCGGUGUCACGGCACCGGGGAGCUUUUUGGGCCUCGGCGCACCCGGGGACUCUGGAUCCCGAUCCUUGGAGCAGAUGCGCGCAGAGGUGAACAGAGUGGAGCAGGUGUGCAAGCAGCAUGCAGCAGAAGCCAAAGCCUAUGUCGGUGUGGUGGCCCGGCUGAUCAAAUCUUCAGCGGCUUUGAUUGGAGCUAUACAGGCGCAGGAGCUUCCGACGAAUGUCCAGAUCUUGAAGGACCAGCUUGGCAGCCUAAAGAUCGGUGACUCCGUGGUCUUCAAAGUCGCACAGAAUCAGUUGGGAAUCCCUCAGGUUUCCUUCGCUCGCAAGUUGGAAGCGCUGACGCAGGAGCGGCAGAGGCUCCUGGAGGUGGAAGCACCGCUGCCGAUGCCCGGCACACCGGAGUCCGAUGUAGAGUACCUGGGAUUCGUCACCAGCUUCCAGCCCGAGCUGGGCUUCGGCUUCCUGAGCUGCGCACAAACGCGGCAGCUCUAUGGCCAAGAGGUGGUGAUCCAUCGGGAUCAGUUCACAGACCUGAACGUCAGCGACGGCGUUCACUUCAAGGUGGCCCUGAAUGGGAACCACCAGCCCAUCGCGCGCCGGGUGCGCAAGGCCGGCGGCGACUCCCAGGCACCCGGCCGCCCGGUCGAGCGGGCGCAGGCCGCCGAGGGACGCUCGGAGCGGUCGCGAUCCCGAAGUGCUUCCAUCUCGUCCCCCCGGAGGAGCCGCAGCCGGCGGCGCGACCGGGACCGCAGGCGCUCCGGCAGCCGAAGGCGAUGA